GUCGCGACCACGUCAAUCUCCAGCACACACGAGAGGUCUACAAACUCGCGAAUUUGACAGCCAACUUCAGACAUGGAGUCCUCAGAAGUUUACCACAUCAAGCAGCAGUUCACCCUCGGCGCCUAUCCCGCCCUUGUUCAGCAGGAUCUGCCGGACCCCAAUUCCCCGGAUUACAACCAUGCACUUCUGUACAAAGCCCGCGCACUGAUUGCCCUCGGAAAGACCAGUGAGGCCGCUGGCCUCAUCCCCAGAGAGACCGAGAGCCCCGCGCUGAAGGCUGUCUCUGCUUUUUCCCAAUACAUCACCUCGCCAGGGGAUGAGUCACUAGAGCCGUUACGGGAUCUGGCGGUCGAGGUCGAAGGUGAUGAUGGAGAGGGCGAGCCAUGGGAGAAAGAUGCUGUUCGGGUUAUCGCAGCUACUGCAUUCGUACGCGCAGAAGAACUUGAGGAAGCUCUCGAGACUCUUUCAACAGCGGCUAGCGAUGAGGCCAUCGCCCUCAAAAUACUGAUCUAUCUCUCCAUCUCUCGUCCGCAGUCGGCCAGGAAGUCCCUCCUUACACCGCUCCAGCAGAACCCCGACUCCCUUCCUCUGCAGCUCUCCGAAGCCAUGCUGCUGCUCUUCUAUCCCGGCUCGCACGCGUCUUCUUCGCUUUCGGGACCCGCGGAUCCGUACAACUCCUCCAUGUCCUUCUACACCGAGCAUCUCGCAUCCCCUUCUAUCACCUCGCACCGCUUACUCACUGCCCGUGGCCUCAUCCGGCUCGCGCGCGGCGAGAUCUCGGCCGCCAAAUCCGACAUCGAGGAGGCUCUUGCAACAUCCGGAGCCAACGACCCCGAGGCGCUCGCUGCAUCUAUCGUCGCGCUCGCUCUGGGUGGCGCUAAGCGGGCCGAGAUCGACGAGGCGUUUGAGAAGCUCGUGCAAGCAGACCCUGAGUAUCCGAUGGUGAAGGACACCAAGGAGAAGGCAGACCUCUUUGAUUCGUGUGCCGCCAAGUACACCGUGCCUGCCGUGGCGGGCAGGGCGUAAAGAUGGGAUAACUGGCUGUAAAUGAUUGAUGUAUCGCUAUACGUUACCUCCUAGAUGAUCCAUGAAUCGCUGCACCUUCUCAAGAUAUCUUAAAAUGGCGGUGACUUGAGCAUCGCUUACUUCUGUCA